AUGGAUCGAAAUAUAUUAGAGUUGUCGGACACGGCCUUGUCCUACCUGACUCCGGAAUAUCGGCAGCUCUUUCGGCGCCACUUCGAGUUAUUCCAAGCAGCCCAUAGGGAGCUGUACGAGAACGCUCUUCGGGGCCGGUUGAGCGCGGCGGAAGACGCGCACUACUUUCGGUACAUGGACCAAGUGGAUGAUGCGCUCGAGCGGCUGGGACGCGACGACGCCCGCCGCUUGCGAUACAUAUCUUCUUUCUGGAUGGAUGCAAUCGAAGCGCUCGAGGAAAUCCGCGCCGUCUCCUUCGAGAGACGACGCAUCUUGGUUAGAAGACGGCUGGCUACUCUUUGCAACACCACCGCCGCCACUCUGGCUUCAAUACAAAACGGGGCAGUUUCGGCUUGCAUCGUUUGCAUGGAUGAGCUCGCCCCAUUUGAGCUAGUUAUCAUUCGGCUUCCAUGCCAUCCUUUCCACCUUUUCCACCGGGACUGCAUUCAGCACUGGCUCGAAGGACACACGAGCUGCCCCAUCUGCAGAAUUGUGGUCGAACUACCACCAACGGAACCCCACCGCUGA